GUUCACAUACACUCUGUUAUACAAGAGGAACGGUACACUGAGUGUGUGUAUAGGGUGUGUAGAGUGUGUGUGUUUGUAGUGUGUGUGUUUAGUCUACUCAGUAGUCUAGAAGUGGGACAAAUCAAAAUGAGGACAGCAAGUGUACAAGAGUAGGAAAACUGUAACGGCUCUCCUCUUCGUCUGAUGAUGAGGAAUAGGAAUUAUCGGACCAACACGCAGAGUGGUCCCCACACGCAUGCACCCACACGCAAAGGUGGUUUCAGCUCAGAGAGAUCAAGCCAACAUUGUUGAAAUGAUUAGAUAAUAAACAGCUUUAGUGUAGGCAGAGACAGAGGUGUCACAGACCACUCUCUCACUCUGUUGCUCUCUCUCUCUCUGUCAUCUGUGCUAGGCGGAGGUUGGCACCACAUUGACUGUAAAUGCCAUGUUGUGUCCACAAAUCUCUUCUCACUUAUCUUUAUGGUGUGUGCGUGCGUGUAUGUGUGUGUGUGCCUUUGUACGAGUGUAGAUACCGUAGGUCAAUGGAAUUUUAACUGUCCUGAUGAUAACCUAGUGUUAUCCAUUCAGAUCCCAAGACAUGUUAGUAUCCGGUCCCUGAGAAAACUGUUGGAUGUGGGUGUGGGAAACAAUUCAUCAAAAACGAAUAGAAAAAUAAGGAAGGAGAAUGAUUGGCAACAUACAGUAGCUGGUAUUUAUAGUUUUCUCCUAUUUGCCAAAACCCAUCAUCAUGACAUCCUUGGACAGGAAACAGGAAGUAGACAAUGUUCCAUCAGAACAGAGAAGCGAGAUAAAAGCAACACUCCAUCUGUCAUCCCUCUCUCUCCUUCUCUCUCUCCACCUCUCUACCAUCUCUCUCUUUCUCUCUAUCACCCCCCCUCUCUUUCUCUGAUCCCAGUCAUGCCAGUACUGCCUGAGGUUUGACCAUUCCGUUCCACUGGGACAUGGCGGAGGCCUCGUGACGUAAAGCCCUUUGUGUCCGUGUGUGUGUCACAGAGAGAGAGUAACGGAAAGAGAGAGAACUCAAAUUCGAACACAAAAAAACAAGACUCAACAUGCUACCACACACUAAGAGCCAGACACUGUCGUGUGCCCUGUUCUGAGGGUUGAGAGCUAGGCAUGUUGGGUAAAGACCCCCCCACCACCAGCAGCCUUCAACUGAUGACCUCUGACCCCUCUGACAUUGCUGUGGAACCCAGUGACAUCACAGACGGCCUCGGCAUCAGCAGGAAGAUGUCGGAUGUAGUUGAGAGUUUGGACACCAGAGAGUUGGACAUGGGAGAUGGAGAGGAGACUGACAAUGACCCUACCACCAUAGGGGACAGCCGUAUAGGGUUCAGUGCUGUGUAUCACACCGUGGGUUUUAAGGAGUCUGAAGCCAGGGUCUAUCUCCCUACUGUCCCCAUCACUGCUAAGAUACUGGAGGUGGAGAGGUUCAACACAGCCCAGGACAGGUUCAACAUCACGGCACAGAGGAGUGUCAACAAGAGUCAGCCUGCAGUGUUUAAGAUUGAGCUGAGACAUGGAGAGUUCAGCUGGGUGGUCAAGAGAAAGGAAAAACACUUCAUGGACCUCCACGGAGAACUGGUCCGAUACAAGAUGUUCAUGAGGGUACCACUACCCUCCCGCAGCCACACAACGAGGAGGAGGACAAUGAAGAAGAGUGAAGCCAGACAUAUUCCUGAGCUACCGCGUGGCGGAGAUGAGUUGGCACAAGACGAACAGGUCUACAGCAGAAGGAAACAGCUGGAAGAUUAUCUGAACAAGCUGCUAAGGAUGGCCAUGUACAGAAAAUACUACCACACUAUGGAGUUUAUAGACGUCAGCCAGAUGUCCUUCAUCCAUGACCUGGGACCUAAAGGACUGGAGGGGAUGAUACACAAGCGUUCCGGAGGUCAUCGUAUCCCAGGCUUGAACUGCUGUGGUCACAGUGAAGCCUGCUACCGCUGGUCUAAACGCUGGUUGGUGGUGAAGGAUUCGUUCCUCUUCUACAUGAAGCCAGACUCAGGAGCCAUUUCCUUUGUUCUCCUGUUGGACAAAGAGUUCAGCGUCAAAAUGGACUCCAAAGACACAGAGACCAAAUACGGAGUACGCAUCGACAGCCUCUCCAGGUGCCUUGUACUGAAGUUGAACAGCUACAGACAUGCUCGGUGGUGGGGCCAGGCGAUAGAAGACUUUGUCCGUAAACACGGGAGGGCGUUUCUACGAGACCAUCGAUUUGGUUCCUUUGCUCAGGAGGAGCAGAACAUCCCUGCCAAAUGGUAUGUGAAUGGGAAGACCUACAUGGAGGAUGUAGCCGAUGCUCUGGAAGAAGCUAAAGAAGAGAUCUUCAUCACUGACUGGUGGUUGAGUCCAGAGAUCUUCCUGAAGAGGCCAGUUGUGGAGGGAAACAAAUGGAGACUGGACUGCAUCCUCAAACGCAAAGCGCAACAGGGGGUUCAUAUCUUUGUGAUGCUGUAUAAGGAGGUGGAGCUAGCUCUGGGCAUCAACAGUGAAUACAGCAAGAGAACACUAAUGCACCUGCACCCCAACAUCAAGGUGAUGCGCCACCCAGACCAUGUGUCGUCGUCUGUCUACCUGUGGGCACAUCACGAGAAGAUCAUCGUCAUCGACCAAUCAGUGGCCUUCGUUGGCGGGAUAGACCUGGCGUAUGGUCGCUGGGACGACCGAGAGCAUCGCCUGACAGACGUGGGGAGUGUGACACGCUCUGUUGCCCUGGAGAUGGAGCAGUCUCAGAGCUCUGCCCACCAUCCCUCCAGUAGGGGAGUGUCCUCUACUGAUGGUGCCGCCAAUAGCAACGGAGGCAAACAAUCACUGCCUGGCAACCCAGGGGUGGAGCUUCCACGGCUGAAGGGGAUUGGACGAACCAGGAGGAUGCACUUCUCCCUGGUCAAGCACCUCCACAAACACACUCUGCAGCAUGCAGACAGCAUCAGCUCCCUGGACAGCGCUGACAGUGGUUCAGUGCGGAGCCUCCAGACAGGUGUAGGAGAGCUGAGGGGUAACACCAGGUUUUGGCAUGGAAAAGACUACUGCAACUUCGUCUACAAGGACUGGAUACAGCUGGAGAAACCCUUCGAUGACUUCAUUGACAGGUACACCACUCCCAGGAUGCCGUGGCAUGACAUCUCCUCUGUGGUCCAUGGGAAAGCUGCCAGGGACGUGGCCAGACACUUCAUACAGCGCUGGAACUUCUGUAAGAUAAUGAAGCCUAAGUAUCAUUCUCUCUCCUACCCGUACCUCCUGCCCAAGUCUCACAGCAGUGCCAGCGAGCUGAGGUACCAGGUGCCCGACUGUGUUCCCACUAGAGUACAGGUGUUGCGGUCAGCAGCUGACUGGUCAGCGGGUAUUAAGUAUCAUGAGGAGUCCAUCCACAACGCCUACCUCCAGACUAUCGCCAGGAGCAAGCACUUCAUCUACAUAGAGAACCAGUUUUUCAUCAGUUGUUCAGACAACAAGAUGGUCUAUAACAAGAUCGGAGAAGCGCUCAUCGAGAGGAUCCUCAGAGCUCACAAGGAGGGCAAGAAGUUCCGUGUGUACGUGGUGACUCCACUACUUCCUGGGUUUGAAGGUGACAUCACAACAGGGGGAGGAAACGCCCUUCAGGCCGUCAUGCACUUCAACUACAGGACCAUGAUCAGAGGUGAAUACUCCAUCAUCUCCCAGCUGAAGAAAGAAAUGGAUGAACUACAGUGGAUGAACUACAUCUCGUUCUGUGGUCUGAGGACCCACGCUGAGCUGGAGGGACGCCUGGUCACAGAGCUCAUCUACGUCCACAGCAAGAUGCUCAUCGCAGACGACAACACCGUCAUCAUCGGUUCGGCCAACAUCAACGACCGCAGCAUGUUGGGGAAGCGUGACAGCGAGGUGGCGGUGAUCAUUGAGGACUCUGAGACCGUUACCGCGGUGAUGGACGGACAUGAGUACCAGGCUGGACGCUACGCACUGGCGCUACGUCUAGAGUGCUUCAGGACUAUCCUUGGAGCCCAUAUGGACACGACCAUAGAUGUGUCUGACCCUAUCUCUGACCACUUCUAUAAGGAUGUCUGGAUGACCACCGCUGGACGCAACGCAACCAUCUAUGAGAAGGUGUUCCGGUGCCUGCCGUCCUCCCUGGUUCGUAACAUGUCUGAGUUAGAGAGUUACCAGACGAACCCAGGCCUGGCCCAGUCUGACCCAGGUAAAGCCCAGGAGGAGCUAAGGAGGAUCAGAGGGUUCCUGGUUCAAUUCCCUCUGGACUUCCUCUCAGAACAGAACCUAAUGCCUUCUGUUGGGACCAAGGAGGGCAUGGUGCCUACUGAGAUCUGGACCUAGAGGACUAGAUACACACACACACACACUCAGGACAAGACACACACACACUCAGGACAAGACACACAACACACACACACACACACACACACAGACCACUGCAUUGAACUGUGGAUCUUUAGAAUGAAGUUGAACUCUGGACCUCCAGCUGAUAGCUGACAACUUAAACCACAAACAUGGAGGACCAUGAUGCUGCUUGGCGCGUCGCAUCCACAACUCAGCCAAUGAGACUGAUUGCCACGUGGACUAAUGAGGAAGUGCAGGGUUCUCAUAUCCAUUCAGGAGGACGCAGCGCUACAGGAUAUUCAGAUAGAAAUAUAUUGUGUAGAGCAGAUCAUCACUUCUCAUCAUGUAGGAUAGGGACCUGGUUAGCUCCAUAUUCAUAUAUUUCUAUCUGCAAAUGUAUAGGUUUAGAAUGUUUCACCUGACUGAAUACACCUGAAAAUGGGUGAAGAAAAUGAGCACCUUAUUCCAAGUAGAACCUCCUUCAUUUCUAAAUGUUUUGUCCUGUUUUGUGCCUUCUGAACACGACCCUGGACACUCCUAUCUGUCACCUACUCCGUUGGUUAUGCAUGUUCGUAUGGUCGUAGCACUACGUAAGCUUACAUACUGUCUUUAGCUGAAGUGCCUAAAGUUCUGUUAUUUCUUUCUAGAAUGGAGGUUGUCUUUGAGAAGAACACAUGUAAAUGUUUACAAUCUAAAUAUGGAAUUGUUCUGUAAAAUCGUAAUUGUAAAACGAGACUUUUAAAGCUCACCAUAAAUGUCAUGUUAAAUGAACCACAAAACUUCACGAUUAAAAACUCACUGAAUUUCAGCAUGAUUCGCAACUA